AUGGCCACACAAGAAAUCAUUAAUAUUCUCGAGCGUACCGGCACGGGAUCUCAAGCUGAUUUGGAAAAUGCACGAAAUUUUCUUGAGAAAGCGGCUGAACAAAACUUACCUGAAUUAUUAAAACAUCUGUCUGAUAUUCUAAUUGCUGCUACAAACAAUCCAACAGCUCGUGCACAAGCAGCAUUACAAUUGAAAAAUGCACUCUACUCAAAAGAAGAAAGUUUAAAACAAGCCUAUCAAGAACGAUGGCUGAAUAUGCCAGCGAAUAUCCGAGAUCAUAUCAAAACAAAUUGUUUCAAUGCACUUGGUACUGAAUCAUCUAAACCGUCCCAAGCUGCUCAAUGUGUUGGAUAUAUCGCGUGUGCUGAAAUACCGCGUAAUCAAUGGCAAGAUUUGAUACAGCGCCUGGUUGACAAUGUGACUACCGUGGGCAGACCUGAUAACAUACGGGAAGCCAGCUUGGAAGCACUCGGUUAUAUAUGCCAAGAUAUUGAUUCGGAUGUUCUUGUACCACAAAGUAAUGUAAUAUUAACGGCACUUGUCUAUGGCAUGCGCAAAGAAGAAACUAAUGAUAAUGUUCGACUUGCGGCAACAACAGCUAUGCUCAAUUCAUUAGAAUUUACAAAGAAUAACUUUCAAAACGAUAAUGAGAGACACUAUAUAAUGCAAGUCGUUUGUGAAGCAACUCAAUCAACGAAUUUAAAAAUUCAAGUCGCUGCCUUACAAAAUCUUGUCAAAAUUCUUUCCCUUUACUAUGACUACAUGGAAUAUUAUAUGGGACCAGCUUUAUUCGCUAUCACAAUGGACGCAAUGAAGUCAGCUCGCGAUGAAAUUGCCUUGCAAGGUGUUGAGUUUUGGUCCAAUGUAUGCGACGAAGAAUAUGAAUUGCAAUUACGCCAACAAGAAGCACAAGAACAAAAUCGACAACCAGAAAGAACAAGUCGGUACUAUGCACGUGGCGCUUUACAAUACCUCGUUCCAGUUUUACUUCAACGAUUGACUAUGCAAGAAGAAACUGAUGAUGAUGAUGAUUGGAAUCCAUGUAAAGCUGCCGGUGUUUGUUUAAUGCUACUAUCGAAUUGUGCGGAAAAUGCAAUAACUCAACAUGUCUUUCCAUUUGUUAGUGGAAACAUUAAUCAUGCUGAUUGGAAAUUCCGUGAAGCAGCAGUGAUGGCAUUUGGUUCGAUUUUAGAAGGACCUGAUGCGACCAGUCUAAAACCAGUUGCUGAACAAGCUGUGCCAUUCCUACUGAAAUUAUUACAAGAUCCAAAUAUUGCUGUACGUGAUACCACAGCAUGGACAAUCGGACGUAUAUUUGAAUUCGUUUCCCAAGCUGUUAUGACAAGUGACAUGAUUCGAGUGAUUGCAGAAGCACUUGUCAAUGGUUUAAAUGAUUUACCACGUGUUGCAACCAAUAUUUGUUGGUCGUUUUCCAGUUUAGCAAGAGCGACCUAUGAAUUUGCCGAAUCAUCCGACGAUGACGAUACACCCAAAACGUAUUUAUUAUCACCAUAUUUUGAAGUUAUUGUUAAGAAACUUAUUGCAACAACAGAUAGACCCGAUGGCAAUCAAUCAAAUUUACGUAAUGCAGCUUAUGAAGCAUUAAUGGAAAUGAUUCGACACAGUGCCAAAGAUUGUUAUAAUACUGUUCAAAGCACAACGAUAACCAUACUUGACCGUUUAAAUCGUGUUAUAUCUGUUGAAAACCAAACGAUCAAUCCAAACGAUCGAGUACAGAUCACUGAUCUUCAGUCCUUGCUCUGUGCUACACUUCAAAGUGUACUGCGUAAAAUGCAUCCAAAUGACGCACCGUUAAUAUCCGAUCCAAUUAUGCAAGCUUUACUAUCUAUGCUUAAGACCACUAGUGGUAGAACAAGUGUCGUACAAGAAGAUGCACUUAUUGCUAUUGGAACUUUAGUUGAAGUUUUGGGUUUGCAUUUUCUCAAAUAUAUGGAUCACGUUCUUCCCGUUCUAUACGAAGCUUUGAAUAAUCAUGUUGAAUAUCAGAUUUGUGCGGCUGCUGUUGGUGUUGUGGCUGAAUUAUGUCGUUCAUUAAAUGAUAGAUUAAUACCUUAUUGUGAUCAAAUCAUGACACAUUUAUUCGGUUGUCUUAACGAUGAUAAGUUACAUCGUUCCGUUAAACCGCAAAUUCUAAGCACAUUUGGUGAUAUUGCGUUAGCUAUCAACGGACAUUUCAAAAAUUACCUCGAACUUGUAUUGGGCACUCUAAAUCAAGCUUGCCGUGCUCAUGUAGCGAAGAGCGAUUACGACAUGAUGGAUUAUUUAAAUGAGUUACGCGAAGGUUGUCUAUUGGCUUAUACCGGUAUCAUUCAAGGUCUUCGAGGUUCAGCAACAUCGAACAUGGUCGCACUUGCUGAAUUGCAAUUAGUCACAAGUCAACUAACAUUUAUAGUGCAAUUUCUUGAAACCGUAGCACGUGAUCAAAACAAAUCGGAUGCAGUUGUUAGCGCAGCAAUUGGCUUGAUUGGUGAUUUAGUCACAACGUACGGGCAAGCGAUGUUACCAUUUGUUGAACGUGAAGCACUUGAAAAACUAUUGAAUGAUGCUAAACGAUCGAAACAUGCAAAAACCAAAACAUUAGCAUCAUGGGCAAUGAAAGAAAUUCGAAAAUUAAAAAAUAAUUAA